ACAGGAAGAGGACAAUCUGACGAACGGACGCUUUGACGCCUGACCACUCCAAUGCGCGGUCGCUUCUUCGUGCUAGAAGGCUUAGAUCGAUCUGGCAAGUCGACACAAUGCGCGCGUCUCGUCGAGCACCUUCAGCGUCAAGGCCGAAAAGCUGAACUUCUGCGCUUUCCUGAUCGAACGACGCCAAUGGGCAAAAUGAUCGAUUCUUACUUGACAAGUCAGACAGACAUGAACGAUCAGGCCAUCCAUCUCCUCUUCUCAGCCAAUCGCUGGGAGAAAGCAGCAAGCAUACGACAGAAGCUACGCGACUCUAUCGACAUUGUCUGCGAUCGCUAUGCCUUUUCAGGUAUCGCAUUCUCGGUGGCCAAGGGUUUAGACUAUCAGUGGUGCAAAGCUCCCGAUGUUGGGCUGCCCGCUCCUGAUCAAGUACUCUUCCUAGAUAUCAGCCCCGAACAUGCCGAACAACGAGGCGGGUACGGUCAAGAGCGAUACGAGAAGCGCGAGAUGCAGCUCAAAGUGCGCGAGGUCUUUGGACGGAUACGAGACGACAUGACAAGUGCCCAAGGCAAAUGGUCUGUAGUUGAUGCCGGGCAAUCACUAGAGGCAGUAUCGUUACAGAUACAGCACAUAGCAGAUCAGGUUCUCAUCGUCGACGACGACGCGACGGACAGAUCCGCACUUUUUUCAUGACAAGCAAGAUUGCAUACAGAGUACAUCGUUUUUACCGUC